CGUUUAUGUUACUUCUUUCUAUUUCCCACUUCUUCCGCGCCGUUUCACCCUCACCCUCACCGGAAAACCCACUUCCCCGAUGAGGAAAUCACUGAGGUUAUCUUCCAUUGGCCUCGCUGUCAACGACGUUCGGGAACCGCCGGUUAGGAAUUUCAGGACUCGAUUUUCCCUAACAUCUUUCGCCAAGCGUGUUCAGCAACUCACGGAGGAGCAAGUAUCCGCGAUACUGAAGACUGGUUUCGGGAACUUGUUAUCGGUCCCCAAUCAUUCACUUAGCAAAGUGUUGCUAACAGAGUUAAUGGAAACUUGGAACUGCGAGAAGCAAGCUUUUGUGCUUGAUUCAGGUGAAAUUCGUAUGACAUUGUUAGAUGCUGCUCUGAUAUUGGGGCUUCGAGUGUUUGGAAAACCGGUAGUGUUGAGAGAGGAGGAGCCAUUCUCCGAGUUGGAAGAGUUGUAUGGUGCAACAAAGGGGAAGAGGAAGGUGGAAAUGAAGUCCCUUGAAGAGAGGCUUGAUUCGAUUGGGGGAGUUAUGAGUGAUGAGUUUGUGAGGACCUUCUUGCUUUACACAAUUGGGACCUUUCUUUCCUCCAAUGGGAAAGUGGAUUCCCGGUACUUGUUGUUUCUUGAGGAUUUGGAUGAGGUUUGUGAGUUUGCUUGGGGUGCUGCUGUUGUUGAGGAUUUGGCUCAGUGGCUUGACAAGAGGAAAGAAAACAAUGUGCAGUAUGUGGGUGGCUGCCUUAUAUUUCUCCAAAUAUGGUCUUUUGAGCAUUUUGAUAUAGCACGGCCACAGUUGCAAGGUCAUGAUUUGACCUUUCCUCGUGUAUGUCGAUGGGACAAUAGCAAACCUAUUCAAAGGCAAAAGCUUACUUUAAGGUUUAAGGACCUAAACGAUGACCAGGUAAUUUGGACCCUUCAACCUACUUCUAGUGAAUUGCAAUUAGAGAUUAUCAAAGAAGCACUUGGGGUGCUGAGUGACAGCACAGAGCUUGAAAGUGCAGAAAACUCUUUGGCAAGCACGUCAAGCAAUGUUCAUGAAGUAGAUUCAGAGUCACAGCUUAGUAUCUCUAGCAAGGUACAUAGAGAGGAGGAUGAGUAUUAUCCUGAAAACCUGGAAGUGGAGGACAAUCCCAAAAAGUCAAGCACAAGUAACAGAGAAUACACAGAGCAGAAGAUCAAUCUUGCAAAUCUUAUAGUGCUAGACACCCCUCCAAACUUGAGAACUUGUAACACAGAUUAUCGAGAGCAGGAGAUCAAUCUUGAAAACCAGGUAGUGGAGGAUACCCCACCAAAGUUGAACACUUACAAUGGAAAAUAUGAAGAAAUGGAAAUUCUGAUAGUAGAGGACACACCUCCAAAUUUGUGCUGUUCUGGUAAAGUUCAUGGACAAAAAGAGAUGAAUCCUGAAAACCUCAUAGUUGAUGACACACCAAAGUCGAACACUUACAAUGGAAAAUAUGAAGAAAUGGAAAAUCUGAUAGUAGAGGACACACCUCCAAAUUUGAGCUGUUCUAGUAAAGUUCAUGGACAGAAAGAGAUGAAUCCUGAAAACCUCAUAGUUGAUGAUACCCCUACAAGUACAGGCAUUAUUGAUGAAGUAACCAGCGAACAGAAGUUCAAUGAGGGAAAUAGUACCCAAAAGUUGAGCCUUUCUGAGGAUGAAUUAAGAAAGAGAAAUGUCAUGCUAGAAGAGAAAAAUGUUGAAUUGAAGAUGAAAGUAGGCCAAGUAAUGGAGAAAAAUAAACAAUUUGAAGAAGAGAUCACUGAGUUGAAGAAAGAGCUGGAUAGAUUGAGAGAAGAGAACAGAGGGUUAAGGCUCUAUAGUACCUUUGCUGAUGAAGUCGAAAGGCAUCUUUUGGAUUAUGAAACAAAUUGAAUCUGAGCUAUCGUGACCACUACAACUAAAUCUUGUUCCAUUAAGGUUUGAAGGUAUAUAACAGUAAUUUCGCAUAGCAUAGAAUAUUGAGAAGCUCGGUGUAUAUAUUAUUAGUUAGCAAGGUAAAUAAACGGUAUCUAAUUUACAUGUAGUGUAAGUAGGUUUCUUUUUAGAUGCAACCAUGAAUUGUAACUAGGACUAUUUAUGUUCUUGUUGGUUGUAUACUACGUAGUAGAUUGCUCAUGUACUUUUCAA